AAUUUACUAUAUAUAAUAUUUAUUUACAAAAACAAGAAGAAAUCAAAGAAUUAUAAAUUUUUCGUUUUUUGAAAGACGAAUAUUUUUAUAUAUACAUAAAAAAAAAAAAAUAGUACACUGUUUAUAUCAAAAAGAGGAGAAUAAAAAGAUAGCGUUGAUUCUUGAAUUGUCCGUCCUAUAUGUAACGCAAAUGUGCAUUGUUUGUUAAAAAAUCGAUGACGUGUUAUUAUGUGUAUUAAAAGUCGAUUAGAAGUAAGGUAAAAGUGUUUUUUCGGGGUAAAAACAGCCCGACGAGCGAGGGGGCUCCGGGAUCUGAGCAACAGGACACAGCAAGCUCGAUGCCGGAGGCUUCGGGGUCGGGUGUAGCCGACGAGGCGGAUUACUCGACUUUUGAGAAUAAGAGCGGUCUCGCUGAUGACAUGAAGUUCCUGGCAAGUAUGCCUGAACUUUGUGAUGUAACAUUUCUCGUCGGUGACACUCGAGAGCCAGUUUGCGCUGUAAAAGCAGUAUUGGCCGCUAGAAGCAGAGUCUUUCACAAAAUGCUGUAUCAAGCGCCAAGUCCACAACGGAAAAAAGAUCCACCGGCGCGUGAAAAUAAACUUAGACUCUUUUUGAAAAGAAGUUCGGAACCAUUAUUAAAUUUACAAAAUGCUGCGCAACAGCGAUCAGGCUUCACGCAGCAGUUGGCUCCCAUUCAAGAGCCUCAAGGAUUUCAGCAUCAAACUUUGAUCAUUGAAGAAUUUGAGCCAGAUGUUUUUCGCCAACUGAUUGAAUAUAUUCACACUGGUUGUGUUACACUUCAACCUAGAACUUUGCUUGGGGUAAUGAAUGCUGCUGAUUACUAUGGACUUGAUGAACUUAGACGAGCUUGUGCAGGUUUUGUACAAUGCUGCAUUACUGUUGAUACAGUUUGUGCACUUUUAGCAUCUGCUGAACGUUACAUUCAAUACAAGUGUACCAAAUCCCUUGUGCAGAAGGUCUUGGAAUUUGUUGACGAACAUGGCAAUGAUGUUCUUAAUUUAGGAUCAUUUACGUUAUUACCUCAACAUGUGGUGCGAUUAAUCUUAGCCAGAGAAGACCUAAGAGCUGACGAAUUCACAAAAUUUCAGGCAGCGUUAAUGUGGAGCAAGAAGUACUGCGAUGGUAAUCAUAACACACCUCUCAAGGACGUUAUUGGAAACUUUCUUGAUUAUAUCCAGUUCCACAAGAUUCCAGCAAAUGUUUUAAUGAGAGAAGUUCAUCCUCUUUCACUAGUGCCCUACAGUAUUAUCAUGAAUGCACUGGCGUAUCAGAUUGUUGCAGGCAGACCCAACCAGUGUCGACCCUGGAAAACUCUCCCCCCACAGAGUGAGACGACAAGGACGAAGUAUGUCGGUGCAAUCGUCCUUAGAUCCGUAUGGUAGCAAUACGACCUUGAGCUCGAGCGGAAGUGACGCCGGCUCUGACCAAAAACAGCAUUCUGGCAGCAACU